UUAUUUUUGCUUUAGUAUUGUUAUUUUAUGGACAAUGGAGGUUUUGACAAGAAAAGAGAGCGAUGGAGAACUUAUGGAGACGCUCUGUAGAUUAUGCGGCACGAAUGACUGCGGUCGAAUGUUACAUUUGGGUGAUACGUAUUCUAUGGUUGGAGCGAGUGACAUCAUUUUCAACUUGUUAGACAGUAUAUCGGUUAUACUAAAACUGCAGGAUGAUGAUGAAGUAUUGAUGUCAAAACAUGUAUGCUUAUCAUGUUUCAACAUAGCAGUUGAUGUCCAGGCUUUCAUAGAUUCCAGUAUAAAUUUUCAAAAGACAACAAUAAGACAGAUAUUUCCAGAACAUAAGUUGGUGGAAACACAAGACAUCACUCUGAUUCAAGCACCUUUUGGAAGUCUGCGGAAGGAGUCUGAGAUUGUUGAGCAUCAUAUCAAUGAUGAUGGUAAAGUUGAUGAACCAGUAUUAAAGUCCCAGGAUCUGUUACAGAAUGGCUGUUUUUUAGAAACAAGUAAUGUCUUAUUGAAAUCUAAAUUUGCUACAACAGACAAAGAGGAAGAUAUAGCCGAAGGAAACAUUGCAAGUGACUUUCAGGAAUCACCAGAUUCUGUUAAUGCUGAUGUAUCACAUAGUAAUGUAAAAGUUACCAUAAAUUCCUCUGAGUUAGGUGUUAUUGAUCAAGUGUCAAAGGAUGAAAUCCCUUCCGUCCACAAUGAACAUGUGCCAGAGUUACCAAGUAUCUCCACAGAAUUUCAGACUGACCCAAGUGUCAAGACUGAUGUAAAGAUUACAGAUGAAGGAGACAAGGUCUCUAAUUGUUCUAAAGAAGAUGCAUGUGACACUGCACAUUCUCCCUUAGCUUCUCAGCGUCAAAGCACCAAUAGUACCAACUCAAGUACAAAUAAGAGUAAGAAAGCAAAGGUAGUUGUAGAUAGACAAGAAAAAGGAAAAGAAAGUAGCAAGACAUGUCCAGUAUGUUCAAAAAGUUUUCCAAGGCAGAGCCAACUAAAAAGCCACCUUGUAAGUCACAGCGGAACUAGACCAUUUGAGUGCAAGAUUUGUCACACUAAAUUCAAAUACCGUCGAAACCUCGUUGAACAUUCCAGUAUACAUAAUGAAAUUCCAUCCUUCAUCUGCUCAAAAUGUGGCUUAACAUUCAAGCAAAGAAGCAACUUACUUAAACAUGAGAGGAUUCAUCGAGAGAAAGACAAACACUGUUACCGCUGUCCUCACUGUAACAACCAGUACACUCAGUCUUCACAUCUAAGAACACAUAUUAGAAAUGUUCAUGAAAAUAACAAGGGACACAAAUGCGAUGUCUGUGAUGCUGUAGUUCUCUGUCAGUCAUCUCUGAGACGGCACAUGGCAACUGUCCAUGCUAAUUCAGCCAAGUUUGUCUGUCCCCAUUGUAAUAAAGGCUUCAAUAACAACCAGAAUUACCAAGGGCACCUGAGGCGGCAUUCUGGUGAGCGUCCAUAUAGCUGCUCCACGUGCACCAAGACAUUCACCACCACGAAGGCCCUAAGCAGGCAUCGUUUAAUUCAUCAGGGAAUUAAGAGCCAUAAGUGUAUCCACUGCAGUAAGGCAUUUUAUGAAUUAUGUGACUUAAAGAAGCAUGCCAAGCGUCACCUGAAACGUGUGAAGAAAUCCAACAAAAGUCUGGCUCCUAGUAAAGCUGGAGAGAAUGCGAGUAACUCUACCACUCAGGUGGUGACUGGUAUGAAUUCACUCAACUUGAUGGUUCUCACAGAGUCUCUGCUCUUUAGCGAGCCCCAACCACUGCUUGAAACAUCAGCGCCUAGAGUAACAGAGAUACUUCUGCCAGAUGGGAAAUUAGGCACACCUAAAGAAGUCACAGCACAACCACUUCUGGGUCCAGAGGUUAUAGAAGCUAAUCCACCAAAUUUGCAGCAGUCAUCAAUGGAACUGUCCAAAAUUUCAAACAUGUUACAGCCAGGAGAGGAAGUUCUGACACCAUCGCCAUUAUUACCUGCUACACCAGUCUUAUCUGCAGAAAAUGUAGAAGCAAUCUCUGUGCUGGCUGACACAGCUGUCUUGCAACCACCUGAAACAAAGACUGUCAUAGCCACACCCAUUGACCCUUCCAGAGUCUUGCAGCCAACAGACAUGGGAGUUGAGGAGGAGCUCCCUAGACCUGAGAACAGAGAUGUAAGUCUGGAAGCACAGGAGGCAUCCCAGUGUAGCUCUAGUACUGAUGGCCCAACUAUGGUUGUGCUGUCAUCAGUAGGUGCUUCUUCUGAGUACUUACCUGUUGCUGAACAAGAAUCUCAUACAGGGAAUUCUGAAAUUGAUGGGGCCAGACAUCAGCAAGGUGAGAGGAUCCUUAGCCAUGCUACUUGGUAAUCUGUAAUAUAUUUUGAGUAUCAGGAUACUGUUUGUUUUGGAAAAGUGAUGGGAAAUAUUUCUUUGCAGUGUAGUAUAAUUAUUUUUAAUGUUUUCAUUACCAAAACUUAUUUAAAUCUUGCCUGAAUAACUGAUAUUCACCGAAAUAUUCAGCUUACUAUAAGCUCAUCAUCUAUAUAUUUAAUGUCAGUAUUCACUCAAUCUGUCUCUGCUCACAGUAAGGCAGUAAAAGAACAGUUUAAUCAUUUCUAGAUUUUUCUCAGUAUAAGAGAAAUUUUAAAAUGAAAUGCAGCAAAAAAGAAUGAAAAGCCAAAUUUAAACCAGACUUCUAUUUACGUAGAAGGACAUUAGGGAUACCAAAAAAAAAGGGGAAAGAGUAACAUCUAGUUAUACAAAAAAAUAUCACAGAUUUUUUUUUCUAUGUUACUACCCCUCUUUUUUCACAGAUUAAUUGGUUUACAUUUUGUGAUAAACCUUGUGUAUGAGACAUUCUGUGAUUAAGGGAACCAUUUCUAGUCAGUAAAUGUGAAUAUUCAGUAUAAGGGAUUUUUUUAAAGAAAUAUAGCAAAAGAGAAUGAAAAUCCAUAUUUAAACAAGACUUCUAAUUAGGUAGAAGGACAUUAGGGAUAUUAAAAAAUGGGCUGAAAGAGUAGCAUCUUGUUAUACAAAAAAUAUCACAGAUUUUUUUGUUACUACACCCCUUUUUCACAGAUUAAUUAGUUUACAUUUUGUGAUAAUCCUUUUGUAUGAGAUAUUUCCAGUUUUAAGGUUAUUACGAUGGGGAAAAGUAUAGUUUUCUUUGUGAUGGAAGUUGGUAAUUGUUCACAAGCAGUUAGGACCUAAUGUCUAAUACAGUCUGUGCAAUAGAAAGAAAAAAAAACUUAU